AUGAUCAACACCUUCAUCUACUGGAAUUUUCGGGGGAGCAAAGGGAACGCGAACAUUUUAAGGAUCUCCCUCCCUUGUAGUUACAACACGAUAAAGAAGAAAAUUUUGGAAGUGACCAAUUUGAAUCUACAGAACAGCUUAGACAUCCUCCUUUACCACAACAACAGAGUGUUGAGCGAAUAUGAAAGCAUACAAAAUGAAAUGCUGAUAGAAAUUCAGCGGAGCAAUAUAGACGUGGUGAAAGAGUUGCUGCACAAAAGUAAUCAUGCCUAUUUGGAAAGGAACAAAAGUGUGCAGGACAACAGGAGGGGAGGUACUCCCCUUUCCGGAGGGAGACAAAGCGAUGUGCACGAUAAUAAGGCAAAGGGCACUACUACGGUUGGGGGCACAUACGAUAGUGGCGGAAUAGGUGGCAGUCAUCGAGGCGUAGGGGCGCACGAGGGUAAGCCAAAUAGCCUCGAGCUAAACAGAGCACCCAAAAUGAGCCGAACCACCAACUACCCAUACAGCAGUAAACAGCCAUGGAAUGUCUACAACAGAAAUGCUGUAAGUAUGAAAGAAAGUAAUGAGGAUGAUGAGGACAUGAAGAUCCAAGAAGUGAUGGAAAAAAAUAACCCCUAUCAUCAGCGUUCAGAUUACGCCAAAUCUAGAAUGUUGAAUUAUUAUAAAAAGGACAGAAGUAGUGCUUCCCAGUUUUACAGUUCAAAUGCGUACAACUCGUUGUAUUCCGCUUCGAGAGGAGGAGAACACCAUUUCCAAAACGGAGUGGCAGGAACAUAUAGUAAGUACUACAAAAUGAGGGGUGCCUCACAGAAUAGUAGCUAUGCCAAUGCUAUGAGUCAUAAUAAUUACACAAACUCGAGAAGUCAACAGAAGACACAAACGGGUCAUAACCAUGUAAGCAAUCAAGACACAACCACAAAGUAUGUUUCUCCUGACUACAUCUGUCACAUGUGUGGGAAAAAGGGACACAGUAUUAAAAAUUGUACCAUGAGUUCUUUUAAUAAUAACAAGAAGAUAAAGGUACCCACAGGAAUUCCAACGAAUUUUUUGACGAAAAUUAAAGCAGAAGAUAUUAAUAAGUAUGAUCAGAUUUAUAUUUUGAAGGAUGGAAGUUAUGGGGUUAUGAAAGACGUUGAAGAUGUUAGUGGGAGUGCAUAUCUAUAUCGCAGUGUUGAUGAUAAGAUUAAUAUUUAUCUUGGCGUGAACAAUAACGAUAGUAGGAAUACUGACAUGGAUGGUGAUCGGGGUGGAGAUGGCAGGGGCAACACAAGUACUAACCCUAGUGGAAAUCUUAGCAGUUUACAUCAUACAGGGAAUAGCAGUUACUACCCUAAUGAGGAGGGAGAUAAAAUCUCCAAUUUGUACAAGUGCCUUUUAUGCAAAAAAUUGUACACUUCCCCGACAACUCUACCUUGCUGUGGGGAGACAUACUGCAAAGGAUGCCUGUACAGGUAUAACAGAAAAAGGAAAAAUGAUUAUUCUUCAUCUCAGGUAUCCUCAUCAGGGUAUCAACACAACGGAGGGGGAGAGAGUAAAUCCCAAAUGAUGAAAUGUCCCAAUUGUCAGAAGCAUAUAAAUUCAGAUGCCUUAAUCAUUAAUACGAAUAUUAAAAAUGUAAUCGAUACAAUUAUUAAAAAUCAAAAGGUCAGCAAUAUGAGUAAGGACGAGGAAGAGUUCGGGGGUGGGAAGUGGAGAAAGGGAGAGGACGAUAGUAGCCAUGUGUAUUACCCAACCAAUGGUGGUACCUCGGCGGGUCUAGACAAACAGAACAAAUGGGCAGCCGUCACUCCAAAUGGAGGAGUAGCAUUACCCGUCAGUGGUACCGCCUCGAACGGGGCAGGCACCACUACGUCAACCAUAGGGGUGUCUCACAUAUCAAGCGAUAAGGACAGAAGCUCGAAUAAUAGAUCAACCAAUGGAGUUACCAACAACAGUGAGUCCUCAUCAUCCGUUUCUGUUCCUAAUGGAAAAUUAUAUCAAAGGCAACCACUCCACAAUGGGAACUUCCCACCAGGUAGUGACUUUCCCAGCAGUAACAGCAGAACGACAGAGGAGCAAAAUUCAGUUAACAGUAGCAGCGUCUGCAACGAAAAUGAUGAUGAAUUUCAAGACAACAGUUUCAACCCUCUAAUAAAUUUACCUAUCAAUUUGCUAGAGAUAAAACGGCAACACGAUUUUGCUGCAGCGUAUAUAGCCAAAUAUAGAAUGAGGCGAAAACCAAAACGGAAAAGAACAAUCGACCUUGGAAUGCUUUUCAUGAGUAAGCGGCGGGUGUGUUAG